CAAGUGACUCCCGGAAGUUUUUGUUUCCUCACCUGUCAGUUCUGACACGGUGCGAGUGUUCACCGUCGUCUUUGUUUGUCCCCGAGAAACAGGUCUUCUUUUGUCAAGAAUAAAUGAUAACCCUGUGUGGUCAACUGGCACCUAAUUGAGGACAGCAUCUAACACGGUCUUCUAUCUUUUACAGAGUAGGCCUGUGCAGGCAUGGAGCCCCUGGCAGUGGAUGAUGACAUCUGUAUUCUUAAACACGAAACGGCCUACUCUGCCACUGGCGAGAGUCCUGUGUCGGUGUGUGCCGGCGACGAAUCUGUUGCCUCCCACUUUGCCCUGGUCACAGCCUACGAGGACAUCAAGAAGAGGCUGAGAGACACAGAGCGAGAGAAUACCUUGUUGAGGAAGAGAGUUAAGCAGCUGGAGGAUAAGCUCUUCAGGCCAGAUGCGCCUCCAUCAGAGGGUCCCCAGUACGUGAACAAGGCCUUCAGUGCUUACCGAGGUAUCUAUAUAGAGAAGGAGGACCUGCAGAUGGAGCUUAACAAACUGAAAAAGGAGAAGAGUGAGAGUGAGAGGUUGCUGACAGAGCAGCUCCAGGCCAAAGAGUUGGAGCUGCUUCAGCUGAAGACAGAGAUGGAGACCAGCCAAGGUACAGUGAUGAAGAGCCUGAACAGCCCUCAGGACUACUGGCAGGUGGAUAGGGUCAACACUGACCUAAAGAUACACAAACUGCAGAAGGAGCUGGAGAGAGUGACACUGGAAAACAGCAGACUGGUGGAGAGAGGUGGGGAGGAACCCCAUGGCCUUAACGGACCAGACUUAGACCUGACCUGUGACGCAAAGUAUAAUGCAAGCGAGACAGGCAUGCUGCAGAUGUGCCAGGCUUUGCGCUGCGAGGUCACUCACCUCCAUUCAGAGCUGAAACACCAAACAGGCCUGAUCAGGAAACUCAGGCCAUUGAUCAGUGAGACAAGACAAGUUCCAAUCCAGUGUCUGGAUGACGUGGAAAAGAACAACCACCCAGUUCCUCGGGCGUCAGUGCCUCGCCCCCCUAGUGCCCCCCCACUCCCCUCGUGCUCCGGACGCCCCUGCCCUCCUGUCAGCGGCCCUUCGUGCGCCUUGCUGCCAGACAGUCUGAAGGAGGACUGCUGGUACAAUGGGCCCUGGCCCUCCCAGAGCUGUUCAGGAGAGGCUCUGAUUGGGAAUAACGCCUGCUCUGUCAUGCUGCCCCCUCCUCCCCUGAACCAAGCUUCCUUGGAUGAGAGCUCAAGGUCCUUCCCCAGUCCCCCAAAGCCCAGUGAUGCUGUGUUCUGGGAGGGACACUCUGCUGCAUCCAACUCCUCAUCCUCAAUGGGUAAUUACAGUCCCAGGAGCCCACCCAAUACUGAAUGGGCCAAACCCUAUUGAGAGGAACUUUGAUGGGAGAAUAGAUGAUUUAAGAGAGUGUAGAAUUGGAUGGAAAAAUAAAAUGAAUGGACUCUCCAACCCUGCCACAUAGCUACCACCUUACCUGCCUUAAGUUGAUAAGACCACACCUCUGGGCUGGACUGGACUGGACCUACUGGUUGUGGGAACUAAUUAACGCCAGAGGAAGCCUUUUCGAGGUCAAGACUCUAUAAACUUUAUUCAUUUCUCUGCGCACUGCAUCUGUGAACAUAUCUGACCUCGCAGAGGAAAAGUUGAGGAGAGACUCGCAGUAGAAUUAAUAGUUUGUCCGUGUGUAUGUGUCCUUGUAUGCACAUGCAUACAUGUGUGCAAGCAUGCAUACAAGCAAUUUAAUUUCUGUGCGUGCAUAUAUGCACAUCAAACAGAGUGUGCCUGUGCGUGCAGAUCAGUGUGUGGACACUUCUCGCCUGCCUGUAUCUGUAUCUCAUCAUUAUGAACCCAGUAGGGCUCAAAGGGCCUCUUUUUCCAUUCGCUGUGGCCAAUGAUCACUGGGGCCACAGCUGGACACAUAGUACUAGAAUUUGUAAAACUGUACUCCCUUCAAUGCAAGUCUUUUUACAUUCAAUUGCUGUAAAGUAUACAAGGUAUGUAGUCCAAUCUAUGUCUCAUGAUCAUAUGAAGGAGUUUGGUAUGAAGACUUGAUUUGUUUGUUUCUAUACUGUGAUGGAGACAGACAUACAGUAAAUGUAUGAUAAUCACAGAUUUUUGAUCCAAAUUUGAACAGCUACCAAAUAAAACCUUUUUUUUUUCUAAACUCUUAUUUUCAUCAGUCCUUAUGGAUCAUUAUCAAAGUGGGUUGUCACUCUACCUAUGCUUACCAAAUCAUUUUUGAGAAUGCAGUUACAGCAUUUGGAUUUUUGAGGAGAUUGUAAAAUGAGUGGCAAAUGAUCAUCUUAAGCUACCAGUGUCUUGCUUAUGAAAUAAAACACUCCACCCACACUAGCACCAGAAAGGGUUCAACUGUUUACGAUUUUACAGAAAUUCCACAGCUCAUGCAAGCCUCUGUAAACCUGCCUGUUAUCACAUAUUCAAUUUUCACAGAAUUACUAUCAAACAAUAUCUGUCAUAUCUCCAUUUCUCAUUUCUAAAGGGGCAUGUAUAUGUAAGGCUGUGCAUUGUUGGAUGUUUUCUGUCAGACUUUUCAUUUGAAAGACUCAUGGAAUAGAAUUCAUACACUCCGAUGUAUUUUGGAAACGUGAUUAGGUUUGUGGAGAUUUUGAACAGGAGAUGUAUCUAAGCUCUGUACUGUGCUGAUGUUAAACUAUGACCCAUUUGUUUUGCAGAAUGAGGUAAGUUGUUGUGUCAGGUGAGUAUAAGCUGAGGGAUGUACAAAAGAAAACACAAGUAGAAUACAAGGUAUACAGAGGAAAGAAUGUGCAUAUCUGUAUAAAUGUAAAUGGUGGGCUUCAGUAAUCUGCCAAAUGCGGUUUUGCACUCCAAACCAUAGGUUUUGUUUUGUUUUGUUUUGUUUUGUUUCGUUUUGUUUCCUCCCCCUCCCCUAAGAUUUCUGAUCUGUAUUACUACUGUCUGCAAUGGUGACAAGACAAUAAGCAUAUUAACCUGAAGAAAUGUGAGCUGUGACUUGACAAAUAGGUGCACAAAGCACAAAGGCCUGUGGUCAUUGAAAAGUUUUUGCUUUUCUGAUUUUCUUCAUUCUGUUCCAUGAUAACUGUGGUCUUUCUGUUAUUAAUUAAAAAAAAAUUAUUUUACAGCAGUAGUUUCAUACUUCUGUAAACGAUUUGCAAACCAAAAUGCAAUGUACAGUAGAUAUGGAUUAUAUUUUAGAUUUACUGCACUUCAGACUGUUUGUAAAUAUGAUCGAUUAAACAAAUAAAAGGAAGAGACGGUGUGAGGUUA